AUGGAUCUCGACGAUCGGCCCAAGCUCUCGGUCGAGGCAGAGAAAGAGGUGACCCGACUGUGGCGGACGUGGAGGACGGUCUUGGAGAUGCUCGUGGAUAGGGGCUAUGCGAUUGCAGACAACGAACUCACUAUCUCCCGUGACGAGUUUCAGCGCAAAUUUGGCGAUCCACAGACGGGCAUGGCUGAGAGAAGGCUCAUGAAGCUCCAAGCGGUCCCUACUGAAGAAAUGAUCAAACGCGACACCCCUCGACCCACCAAGGCCAACCCCAACCCACAAACAACCGCCGGAACUGUUUGGGUCGAAUUCAGUCCAGAAACCACAAUCGGUAUCAAACAUCUACGAGCAUUUGCCCAGCACCUCGACGCGAACAAAAUCACUACGGGCAUUUUCAUCACCAUCGGACCUGUGACUGCGGCUGCUCUUCGUGCAUUCGAACCGUUGGCCGAAAGAGGAAUCACAGCAGAAUGGUUUCAAGAGCAGGAUCUUCUGGUGAACAUCACGCGACACGAACUGGUCCCAAAGCAUGUCCUCCUCAGCGCGGAAGAGAAGAAGGUCUUACUUGACAGAUAUCGACUGAAAGAAACUCAGCUACCAAGAAUUCAAUUCAGCGACCCGGUGUCGAAAUAUCUGGGCUUAAAGAGAGGCAAUGUCGUCAAGAUUAUUCGCAAGAGUGAGACGGCUGGGAGAUAUGCCAGCUAUCGGUGGGUGUUUUAA